AUGGUCGGUUCUGCGACAUAUCGCACUCAUCUCCCAGCGGAUGUAGCUCUCACUGAGUACUCGCGCAAGUUCUACGAUGGGACGUACAAGUGGGAUUCGGAGGGCUUCACUGACGAAACUGGAACCCGAGCUCCCACACCCUUACCUCCGAUGUGCUUGAGCGAUGAUGAAGCAGACGGCGGGACUGUAGAACGCGAAGAGUCCGCAUUCCAUAUGCUGGGGGACGAGACCAACAGUCUUCUAUCCGCAACAAAUGUUAAACACAGGGAGGUAGUUGCAAUGCAGCGUGAUGAGCUGCUUCGUGAUCGCACUGAUACAAAGCAUACUAUCGGUAAGAUGGAGGAUGCCAGCCCUGCGACACCUUCGAAAACCAUCGCAGCGGGUCUACGAGACUUUGCUUCACCCUCAGAACUAUCAGAAUGUCCUUCAGAUAUAUCCGAAUGGGACGUGGGGAGACCAAUGUCAAGACCAAAGACGAUUGCAAAAAAGCCUGUCGAUGAGAUGUUCGAGCAAGACGAUGUCGAUGCACCCGAGCGGAAACCUACAACACGAGGCGUCGCACAGAAAGUCAAGAAAGGUAUUAGGAAGCCAACGGCCGCAUCAAUCAAGCCCUCUCCUAGGAUAGAGACUGUGCAGGCCGGCAGCUACAUGGAGAGCGCUGGGGCGACGACUCGGCGUCGAUCGACACGGCUCAAUCAAGGUGGCAAGUAG